UAAGUAUUUUAUGUAUUUAUAUAUGUGUGUCUUCUUAUCUUCAGAGACAUGUAAUCUCUCUUUCUUUCUCUACAAAAUCACUUUCUUGCUCCUAAAGCAAAUCUUCUUCUUCUUCAGCAAACAAACCAGCAGGGACAAAGAAGUACAAACAUAACAAUCACAAAACUCAUCAGAUAAAUUAUAAAAAAAAAUAUAAUUGGAAGAAAAUGAGCUGCAAUGGUUGCCGUGUGCUCCGGAAAGGUUGCAGCGAGAACUGCUUACUCAGGCCAUGUAUUCAGUGGAUAGAAACCGCCGAUGCUCAAGGCCACGCCACCGUCUUUGUCGCUAAAUUCUUCGGCCGUGCCGGUCUAAUGUCCUUUAUCUCCGCCGUACCGGAAUCUCAGCGUCCCGCUUUGUUUAAGUCUCUGCUAUACGAGGCUUGUGGAAGAACAGUGAAUCCGGUCAACGGAGCAAUAGGAAUGUUGUGGACUGGAAACUGGAAAAUCUGCCAAGCUGCUGUUGAGACGGUGCUUCGCGGCGGUUCUUUGAGACCGGUCCCUGAGAUUCUUCUCACUCACGGCGGCGGAUUCGCGGGGUUUCCACCGUCUGCAUCUGAAGAAGCAUCUGAGAUGUGCACGGAAAUGUUGAAGCUCCAGCAGAAUAACGAUGGUUCCAGAGAUCGCAACAUGUACCAUCAUUCAAGAUUCUCAAGCUCUAGGUCAAGAUCUAUGCUAGAUUCUUCUCCCACAAAACGUAAGCGACAAUCUUCUGAGCUCGAUAUAUCAGUAAACCCUACUUUCCCCAUGAAAACAAUGACUUCUUCCACACGGCAGCGAUCAGUAACACCGUCGAUGAACUCAGAGGAGUCAGUGACGACUACAACGACGUUUUGGGAUAACACUGCAUCUGGUUCUCGAUACGGUAACGGAGGAGGAGAAACAAGCAAGCUACUUGACCUUUUUGUUUAAGGAAACUGUCGUUUUUUUCUUUGAAUUAGUUUAGGGUUCAGAAAUGUAUUUUUACACAUUUUCGUUCCCUUUUUCGUGGGUAACAAGUAUUUGAGACCAGGAAGUUAACAACUGGAUAAAGACUUGUUAACCAAUGUUAAUUUUUAUUUGAGUGAAAAUUUAAAAUUUCGACCGUG